AUCUGAGAUUCACAGACCGGUUAGACUGAAAUUCCCAGAUGUUUUCUGCCUAGCGUUUAGCCAGAGAGAAGACUCUUUUCUCUGGUUCAGCUGAUUCGUUCGGUUCUGCUCCAGUCGUGCGCGUGACGCAGCUCAUGUGAGCUCGUUCACAAGCGAGUGUUUAUAGAAAGCGUGUAAUGUCUCCUCUGUACGUGCUACAAAAAAUUGAGUCAUCGAGAACAUACACGUCGCUUUAAAAAAUGAUGAAUCACCAGUGUUGUCAAGUCGUUCCGCAAUUAAAUUUUGUUGAAUAAUUGAGAGCUCGUGUUCGUGUACGCGAUGUUAGUAAUCUUCGUCGAGCCGGCUGUGUCUCGUCUGAGUUGGCGAGCGUGCGUGUGGUGAGACGUGUGUGUAUUCCGUGUAGCGAACGUAUGGGGACUUGUAAUCGCGCUAAGUGGUCGAGUGCGUGAGAAGUCAGCAGGGCCGAAGAAACCUCGGGUGGUGCUCCGAAACGCGACUGUCGACGUCACAAUGGUGAGCUGAGGCGAUCAACACGGGCAAUGGCAAAACUCGCGAGAGGAUUGGACUCGGUGGUGCCCAUGCUUCUGGUGUGCGAGCAUUGCACUAGUCAGACAUUCAAACAGAUCCAAGACUUCGUUAGGCAUUUGAGAGACCAACAUUGCUCCAGAGAAGGCGGGUCUUUCGUAUGCCUCUAUGGCUAUAAUGGAGUUUGCUCCAGUCUUCCCGUGGAGGGUGUCUCCGACAAGGAUUACAUAGCGCAUGCCACCAAGCACGCAGCUAUGCAACAGCAACGAAAGAGCAACGGCCAGUUAGUUGAGUCCGGAUCGCCGUGGACCGUGUAUUCCGCCGCGCAGAAUCUACCCGCUGUUCUGAAUGACCCGUUUAAGGGAAAGCAGAGCAACUUCUUCACUCGCACCUGGGGAGACGGAUUCGUGGAGAAAGUCGACAUCCCGAAGAGUCCCUAUCUCCCCGAGAUCACGAUGCAGCAUUUCGAAAUGUAUCUGAAAAAAAUUGCAAGGAGAUAUAGGAAACAUUCGCGGAUGAACUCGAACGCAAACAGACCGACUACUCCGAACGAGCUGCUCCAAAAUUUUCCAAAUCUUAGGAAUGUGAAAUCUCUAGAUCGGCUGCAAUCGGAUUUAGCUAGUGUUCCAAAGGUCUUUUUAGUACCGAAUUUAGAUCUUUCGCAAAAAGAGAAUUUUAACGCUGUCUUUCCUUUUGCAAAAGACGGUCUGUUAACCGAGAAAAGCACCAUUGUUAUGCACGUGAAGCAAAUGCAGGAAAAGCUUAGUCACUAUUUGGACGUUAUUGAGGUCCGAAUAGCGGAACAGGUCGCAUCGAAAUCUCAGGCCUUUUUCCACGCAAUGACGUCUCACGACGCGCUCAUGGAACAACUCACUCAAACCAUUACGGUUCUAAAAGCGCUCAGGAAAAAUAUUCAUCAAGUCGAUAAGCAUCUAGUCAAAAAUUCUUUAGAAAUUUUACGCUUGGAGCGCGCUCGGUCUAAUAGAUUACUGGUUCAAGAGAAAUUGAAACUCAUGGCGACUGUGCACCAAAGUCAACCCAUGAUACAGUUACUGUUGUCCACGCCAGAUUAUGUCGCGGCACUGGAUCUUAUCUCCACGACGCAAGAAAUUCUCUUGCAAGAAUUAAAUGGAAUACACAGCUUUAGACAUUUGAGUUCUCAAUUAACCGAAAUGGAGAAACUCGUGGACAAAAUGUUGACGACCGAGUUCCAGAGAUAUGCGACGGCGGAUCUCAACAGGCCGUUAGGCGGCGAGAACACGGUGUUAGACGGCGAUAAACUGGUUUCCAUCAUUUCUGGCCUGCUGCGUCAGAAGCACUUUCAAUUCGUGGACACGUACAAAGAAGAAGCCGUGACCACUAUAAGGGCGGUGACGAAGCAACGGGUGAUAGAAGCCUUGGCAGCGAGCGACUGUUGCAGCGAUCAGCAAGCAGCCGCUCUCGAGGUCGGAGGCCUCUCUCUCACGGAAAGACUUACGUUACUCCACAAUACCAUACAGUCAUUGACGUUCCUUUUGUUACGAGUUAAGGCAGUUCACGACGUGAUGAGAGACACCGCGGACUUGUCGGCGGAACGUUUAUGCGACGGCUCGUUCGACGAAUCUGUACCUGAUCGAUUACUAACUCAAGAUGAGCACACGCGAGUAAUCACCAAACUCACUGAUAUGAUUACAUCUGUGUGUGAUUAUUGCCACGAGCGAAUGGGGAAUCUGCUUUCAGCAGGAACAAAUGAGAAGGACAAAUUUCACAACGAUAAGGACAAGAUCGUUGCUGAUGUUUCUCAAGGUAAAUCGGAUGAUAAAGAGAGCCAAGCGUGGAACGACAAGGGCUCCUGGUUGAGCGAGAGAGCAACGACGACUCAAGUUUGUCAAUUGGCCAACAUGGUUGAAGAAUUCACACACACCUGCGAGAAGCUCUGUGGCAAACAGUGCACCGGAUUGCGAUCAGCGUUUAAGGCGCAAGCGAGCAAAUUCGUACAGCGCUUUCACAAUGAACGCAAAACCAAGCUUACGCUGCUUCUGGAUUCCGAAAGGUGGAAACAAGCUGACGUGCCGUCGGAAUUUCAGUCGCUGGUAACGUAUGUGUACGAGAACAAGCAUUUUCCGUUGAAAAUACUUACGCGCGAGGACAGCACGAAGAGCGAGAACGUCGAGAAUUUUAUCAUGGUCGGUGACGAGAAGUUCGCCGUGGUCGGAACUGCUCUAAUGCUCAUACAGAUGAUUCACGAGUAUUGCCGAACCGGUAGCGAAUUAGUUGCCUUGUCCGGAACAAUAGGAAGACAACUGGCCGAAUUGUUGAGGCAUUACAACUCCCGAUGUUGUCAGCUGGUUUUGGGCGCGGGCGCGAGGCAAGUUGCUGGCUUGAAAACUAUCACAGUCACGAUUCUGGUGUUGGCGGCGCGCAGUCUCAAGCUCGUAUUGUGGUUCAUGCCUUUCGUGAAGGCGCAUUUCCAAGCGCUCACGGAACAAAAUCCUAGCAGAGGACUCAUCGGCACGUCCGGUAUAAGCGGAGGAGUGGCCUUGCUGGACAGCGUCGAGAGGGACAUUCGUGCGCACGUGCGCGAGAUCGAAGGAAAGGUUCUCACUAUCGUGGACAAUCUGCUGAGUGGACAGAUAUCCAAAUGGAGUGCGAGGCCUCCGGUACCCUCUAAAUCAAUCAGAAAUAUUUCCAGUUAUCUGAUGAAGCUUCACGAAGUCGUUUCCGGAAUUCUGCCCACCGUUGAAGUGCAAUCUCUUUAUCGCACGGUAAACUCGUCCUUCAAAGAGAAGCUCAGGGAGCAACUGGUCAAGAUGAACAUAGUGAACAACGGUGGCCCGCAGCACGGCGUGGUCACGUCGGAACUUACGUUUUAUCUCGAAGCCUUGAGAAAGCUAAAGGUUCUGCCGAGCGAGGAGUUAAACGACAAUUGGAUGAGCGACAUAUGGACUAGAUAACAUGCAGAGUGCGUGAUAUACUGCAUUAUAGAAGCGAUGAAGUAUUCUAGAAACAGGUGACUAAUCUCUCUUUCUUUCAUUUGUCUUCCGUUUGUAUCGCUCGUUAUAUUGCGAGUUGUAAGAUCUGCGAGGUACCAAAGUUCGUCGAUCGUUUGAUGGAUGCGCGAACGUGUGCAAUAUAUUUUAUGAUUUUUACGAGUUUUAUGAAAACGUGCGAGUUUUUAAGUACAAAUAAUAAAAAAUUAUUUAAGACUUAUUCUGCUUUCUCUCCUUUUUUUCUCAAAUAAAGAAAUGAAGAAAAAAAUGUUAUAUUUAAUCUGUCGAAUCUUGAGAACGAUAUACGGCCGAACGUUGCAUCGUAUACAGAAAAAAAUAAUCGUUUAUGAAGGGACAGAUACAAGAAUCGCAUAACAAUUGCAGAACACAUAAAAAAUAUCAUUUAAGAAAAAUUAUACCGAGAUAGCAAAAACUAGGAAAGAAUAAAGAUCUCUAUAAAUAUGCAUCCCGUAGUCUUUUACGUCUAGCGAGAGCAAUUACUUUAGUAAAGUGUUACUAUUCUGAUUUAGAGUAAAUACAAAUGUAUGAGCUUUUGCGAUAUUUCGGGAAAUAAGUUUUUAUUGAAUAUCAAAAUGAUCGCGAUACUUAAAGCUGUUAAUUUCGUUAAUAAACUCACGCCAAUUCGGUGCCUCAUGAGAUGGAAUAUAGUUGAAAUUGUUCAAUAUUGUCGUUUGCAGAUAUUUUGAUGCGUCGCGCUGUUGUAGCAGGACCAAUCGUCGACAUACUUGUUUUUUUUUUUUUUUUUGUAAUAAUUAUGUUUAAUAUCCUUCAACUUAAAGUUUCACGUGUCAUUUUAAAAAACAUUGUUUUUGCAAAAGAGCUAUCGAGAUAUGAAUUUGUAUUGAACUGAAUUCUGUGACAGAACAACAAAUGCGACUGCUUGGAUUGUUGUGUUCAUUGUGCGUGUUCGAAGGAACUAUUUAUAACAAAAAUGUAUAUCAUCGCUUUGUUGUAAAUUCUCAUAAACAAUACAUGUAAUAUAUUAUUUUUUAGUAAUUGGAAGAUAAUACAAGUUUUGCAUAGAAAAUGAUAUUUAUUAGAAUUAUGUGCGACAUGUAAUAGUCUUGCAAUUGCGGAAAAAAACUCAGUCUCUAACGCGGUAUAUUCUGAAAAAAUAUGUACGUGCAUUGCUUUAGCAAGAGUUGAGUGACUUAUUGCAAAUUGAAAUCUGUGCAUUCCAUUCCUGGAGACUUUUCAUCUAGUCCAAGUUGUACAUAAUGUACUGAAUUUUAUUCAAGGAAGAUAGAUACAUUAAAAACCGAUCGACUUAAUUCAUGAAAAAGUGUCGAUAUGUACGUGUGUAUGUGUGUGUAUGUGUGUGCGCUACGCGUUAUGAUCUGACGACUUGCACCACUUUGCUUCGUGUGAAAAAAACAUUUUUUUUACAUCGUGAGAAAAUGAAAGUGUUCAGAGCUGCUGAUUAUUGCAAAGGAUAUCUUAUCGUGAAUAUCUUUAUCAAGACUGAUGACCCCUUCUCGUUAGAUCAUCGCGUAUAUACAAAUAAAAUAACAUUGCGUAGACAAAAACACGCGCGAUUAGAGUAGUUAAAUAAAUUAUUAUAUAUCUUGUACCGCGUCUCUCGCAUAAUUUAUGUGACAAACGUCAACAUAUAUAGAACGUUACAAGGCGACACGAAGAAAAUAUAUUAUUAUUUAUUGAAAUAAAAAAACAUCCUCAAACGCCUAUUGAAUUUCGCAAUUCAAGACUGGACAUCAAGAUUGUCGCAAAACGAAAAAUCUUAAUUAUCUAUCACACCGGUCUCUAAAUAAUACACAGAUAAUAUUUUUCGAGAAGUACUCGAAAAUGCGUACCGCUGAUUGUAUUGUGUAAUUAUUAAUAAUCCAUAUAGUGGUUUUUUUUUUUUAUAUGCAAUACAACGCGGCACGAACAAUAUAAUGAAUAGUAUACGAACGAGAUGUUUCCUCACUUCCAUAGUAACGAAAAGCAAAACAUAGCCAUAACCUGAAGAAACAUAAAAUUGUGUGCGCGAACGCACGAUUGCAAAUCAUUCGACCACAUACUCUUCGCUGCGUCUCAGUGACAAUGUCUGCGGAAAAUCGGUGAAUUGCUGUGUAUACAAUCACUUUGUUAGCUUUGUAACAAACGAAUUGUAUCAUACUAUAUAACACACAUUAGAAACGAUCAUACCAAGCCUUGUGACAACAAAUUGCGAGUAAUCUUUGUAAAGAUAUUUUUAUCGUUAAGUGUCGCGUUGCUUUCGCAAGUGACAGAUGAGUGAUUUAAAAAAUAAAGGGGAGAGGAAAACACAUAUAUACACGGUUGUUUAAUAAAGAUCUAAGUUAAUUAAAUUAGCUUCACUUGUCUCUUAAUUUGCCGCACCUGUGUGUUGUUUUUUUUUUAGAAGCGUAGUCGAGUCGCGCUCGUAGUUGCAAUUUAAACUU